CGGUAGAGUUAAUCAAACGCGUCGUCUGACUACUUUCCGCUACCAUUCUCUCUCCGACACAAACCUGACUACCAGAACCGAAAUCCCUCAAAACAACCCCCUGUUAGCACCCAACACCUUCGAUAACUCUCCACAAAACUCGUACCCAACACACUUCAAUUACACUUCAACCUCCUCAACAGGUCCAAAUCCUAUAAUAAUUCCCAAAACCAACUUUAAUAAUCCAAAAAUGGAUUCUCCAGAGCAACGUCGCAAGCGAAAACGUUUCGUCAGACCACAAUACUCUCCUAAACACUACCUCUCUGCAAGAUCUUUCAUCUUGAGCUUCAGCUUCCUCAUCUUCCUCUACUUGUUAUCCUAUCGAAUUUUCUCUAUAAACCCCUCAACUUUUCACCCUAUUCUAGUAGUUUCGAGCCUAUCUUUGUUGUCUUCCUCUUCAAAUGAGUCAGUUCUAGAUUAUUCGAAAGGUUACUAUUUAUCAUCGCCUUUCAGAAUAGAAGAUCGGGUUUUGUUUCCCGACCAUGUCUUAUUAUUGGUGUCUAGUACGAGGAAGAAUGAAUGGAUUAAGAAUAGUGAAGGAUUGGAAUGCGUAUACGGUAAGAGUUUCUUGAAUAGUACUGAUUCUGAUGAUAUAGUGACCGUUAAGCAUAGUGUUUUGUCGGUGGAUGAGUACGAUGAGUUUCGAUUUAUUGCGCGCUGUCCGCUUCCACCGGCGAAUUACUCAGCUGUAGUAAGUUUAGGGUGGCGUGGUGGGAGUGUGGUGGAGUUGGGUGGCGGUGAUGGGUUGUUGAGGAGGAACCAGACGGCUCAUUCUUGGGAAAACGUGGCGUAUGUGGCGGUUUUGGAUGGUGGCACGGCGGUGGUGUUUGUGAAGGGAUUGAAUUUGAGGCAAGAGAGAGAAUCGGAUCCAAGCCAAUAUAGGUGCCAUUUUGGAUUGGGGAAUUGGGAGAGAAAUGGAGGAUUUGAGCUUACCACUAGAGCGAUUACGGCCGCUCAAGAGGUUGUGAGGUGUGAUUUGCCAUGGAGUAUUAAGAAGAAUCCGAGCAAGGCACAGGGGAUUCGGGUUACAAUUGGGGUGACACCCAAUGUUCAUGCCAAAGCUCAUGAUCAUGUGAUUGUGCCUUCUGUGGCCAAGCUUUUCGAUUCUAAAUCGGAUGGGAAGAGGAAUAGAAAAGCAAAGUAUGAGCUUUGUGUGUGCACAAUGUUGUGGAACCAAGCUUCUUCGCUUCGUGAAUGGAUUAUGUACCAUGCUUGGCUUGGAGUCGAGAGAUGGUUUAUCUAUGACAACAAUAGUGAUGAUGGUAUCAAAGAGGUGAUUGAAGAGCUUGAGCUAGAGGAUUAUAAUGUUACUAGGCAUCUAUGGCCAUGGAUUAAGACACAAGAAGCGGGUUUUUCCCACUGUGCUCUUAGAGCAAAGGAUGAAUGCAAUUGGGUUUCAUUCAUGGAUGUUGAUGAAUUCUUCUACUUUCCACUUCCAACUCCUCGGACUCAAAGAAACAGGAAAUUGGGGUUUCCGGGGCAGAAUUCCCUUCGAAGCUUGGUUGCGAAUUUUUCAUCAUCGACAACCAUUGCAGAGAUCAGAGCAGCUUGCCACAGCUUUGGGCCAUCUGGGUUGAAUUCACCCCCCUCACAGGGAGUCACAGUAGGGUACACUUGCAGGCUUCAGAGUCCCGAGAGGCACAAAUCAAUUGUGCGCCCAGAUGCCCUCGACAUUACCCUUCUUAAUGUGGUGCAUCAUUUUCAUCUGAGAAAGGGUUUCAGCUACCUGAACUUGCCUGCAAGUACAGCUGUGAUAAACCACUACAAAUACCAGGUGUGGGAGGUUUUCAGAGCAAAGUUUUUGAGAAGGGUUGCCACCUAUGUUACAGAUUGGCAAGAUAACCACAAUGAAGGAUCAAGGGAUAGAGCACCCGGGUUAGGUACAGAGGCCAUUGAACCGCCCAAUUGGCGACGACAGUUCUGUGAGAUUUGGGACACUGGUCUGAGGGAUUUUGUUCUGGCCAAUUUAGCCGAUCCUGCUACUAGGUUUCUGCCUUGGGAGGAGAGGUCUCCUUUGUGAUCGGAGAAAUUAGGGCUCCUUGAAGCCUGCCUACGCAUGUAAAAUAGAUCAACUACACAGUCAUUCUUUCUUUUCAUUGUUCACCAAUUUGUAUCUGAUUUUCUUGUUUUGUUAGAGAUGCGAUUGAAAAAAGAAAGAUCAUAGAUUACAUACUUUCCGUAGUAGUUGUUUUAUGGCAGGGUUACAUGGUUUGUUUUUUUCAUUCUGAUGUUCACCAAAUGAUAUAAUGAUUCAUUUUCUUCUUAUUUGGUUUAAUGUUCAAUCUACUAGUGGUUUUGGCAUGGUUAUG